GGAGCGGCGGAGGCAGCACCCUGGACAGAGGCGGCGGGGACCGGGCGGGGGCGGCCCCGCUCCGCAUCGCUCCGCGCCCGCCCCGCGCCCCUGCGGGCUCUGGGAGCCGCUGGCACAUGGUACCGGCUUCCCCCCCCGUCUUCCCCUUCCCCUCCGCCACCCCCUCUCCCCGCUCCCGGUCCUUCCCCUCCCCUCCCCGCCCGCCGCCCUCUCGCCCCGCUGGAGCUGGGCGAAGUUGGAUUCCUGGUGGUGCGGGCUGGAAUAGGAAACGGAGAGGAGGGGAAAUAAAACACCCAAAACCAGACCCCACAGAGUCUUGCAAGCUCCGGGGCUUGGUUUGACGGUAUCAACUUUGGGAAAUGCCAGUGUUUAUCUCCGCGAUCUAGCCACUGUCCGUGGUGUUAGCUGUGACCAAGUUCCACCAAGUGAGAAGAGUGAUGACCAUCCUUUUCCUUACUAUGGUUAUCUCAUACUUCAAUUGCAUGAAAGCUGCCCCGAUGAAAGAAGCUAGUGUAAGAGGACAAGGCAGCUUGGCUUACCCAGGUCUUCAGACCCAUGGGACUCUUGAGAGCCUAAAUGGGCCCAAUGCUGAUUCAAGAGGACUGACAUCGCUGGCAGACACUUUUGAACAUGUCAUAGAGGAGCUUCUAGAUGAGGACCAGGACAUCCAGCCCAGCGAGGAAAACAAGGAUGCAGACUUGUAUACAUCCCGAGUCAUGCUAAGCAGUCAAGUGCCUUUGGAACCCCCACUGCUCUUUCUGCUUGAGGAGUACAAAAACUACUUGGAUGCUGCAAACAUGUCCAUGAGGGUCCGGCGCCACUCUGACCCAGCUCGCCGUGGGGAACUGAGCGUCUGCGACAGCACGAGCGAGUGGGUGACGGCGGCAGAGAAAAAGACUGCAGUGGACAUGUCCGGGGCAACUGUCACCGUCCUGGAGAAAGUCCCAGUACCCAAAGGCCAACUGAAGCAAUACUUCUAUGAGACCAAAUGCAACCCCAAGGGGUACACAAAGGAGGGCUGCAGGGGCAUAGACAAGAGGCACUGGAACUCCCAGUGCCGAACUACCCAGUCUUAUGUGAGAGCUCUCACCAUGGAUAAUAAAAAGAGAGUUGGCUGGCGCUUUAUAAGGAUAGACACUUCCUGUGUAUGUACAUUAACCAUUAAAAGGGGAAGAUAGUGGGUUUGUGUUGUAUAGAUUAUAUUGAGACAAAAUUAUCUAUUUGUAUAUAUACAUAACAGGGUAAAUUAUUCGGUAAAAAAAUAAUUUUAUGGACUGCAUGUAUAACUGAAGUUUAUACAGUACAGUAGUUCCACAAUCUAUUUAUUGAACAUAUCCAUGACCUGAAGGGGAACAAAAGUCAUUUGCGCACAAGGUUAAAAAAAAAAAAAAAAAAAAAAAAUCCAAAAAAGGAAAAAAAAAAAAAGAGACCCAAGCAAACAGCGAAGUCUGCAUUACAUUCCUUGAUAACAUUGUGGUUUGUUGCCGUUGCCAAGAAUUGAAAAUAGAAAAAGAUUUAAAAAAAGAAUAAAAUUGCAUGCUGCUUCAAUUGUGGAUUGAUGAUAAACUGUCCUCUUUCAGAAAAAUAAAUUGAACCAAAACAUUCCGUUUACAUUUUAGACAGUGAGUAUCUUUAUUCCUGUUAGUAUUAUAUCUGUUUACUGCUUUUAACUCCUCAUAGCGUUGGAAUUAAACAAUGUCAAGGUGCUGUUGUCAUAGUUUUACUGUUUCUCUUUUACUUUUGAACUCCCAUCAGAUUGAAAAAGAAAAAAAAACCACCAUUACCUUAUCCUGGAUUAAAAACCAAUUUGUUUUUUGUAUGUUGUGAAGGUGUUUGCAAUAGCAAUCCAACUACUGACAAAAAAUAAUAAAAAAAAAAAAAGAGGCAACUGAAAAAGAAUGGUGAUGUUCCACUGUUCCACUUCACAUUGUAGAAACUUAAAGACAGCACUUAAUUAACCAUACGGCAACAUGCUUUCUUGGGUUAUUUUCUUUUUUUUUUAAUUAUUUUUAUUUUUUAUUUGCUGUCUUUUGAGACCUGCAUUUGCUUAUACCAUGGUUGUUUGUGUUUGAUUUUUGUUUUUCUUUUCCCUUUCCUCCCUCUGGAAGGAUGUUGGUUGUGAUCUUCAAAGUGUUUCACUUACCAUACAACUGGAGCUUGUCAUAUAGAAAAUAUAGAGUGUUGAGAGCAAUGACCUUCAUGUGAUAAAAGACUCUGUGCUGGGAUCAAAUGUCUUGAUGAAGCACAACAAGAAUGGCACUAGAAAGAGGGUCUAGAAAGGUGAGGUGGAUCUGCAAUCAGGUUGGUCAUGAGACUGAGUAGCUCAGUGAGUUCAGGAGAGCAGUGUUUUGGGUUGACCAAAUAGUCAGCACUGAACAUGGUCCUGUGCAUCCUGUGAGAGGGAGAGCUUGCCUUGCCUGCUGAUGCCCUUACUCUCCAGGGCAUCUCCAGCAGCACCAGGCCCUCGAAGUGUGGUGUGAAGCUGCAGUGGCAUCCCUGCCUGGAAGAUAGCUAGGGAAUGAGGCAGAAAGAAGCACUGCUUCUAGAUGAAGCAACUGGAGUUUGUGUGGCUCUACCUCUGCUGACAGCCUUAUUUUAUGAAACAAAUAUAGGCAUAAAAAAAAAUAUACUCAUGAAGUACAUGAGGAGCAAGUGCUGGAGGAGUUGGCUUAACAUUGCUGAGGUUCUAAUAGAUUUAUUAACUGGGCACUGCCUCUCUAACUAUCCUGAAGUAUGUCUAAAAAGGCAGGCUGGAAGCCUGGGAGUUGUGCAUAGCACUUGCACUGACUGCAGUGGGCAGAGAAGCAGAAAUAACUCCUUGGUGAGCUCACUGGAGGCAGAUGCUAUAUUUGUAAUUCCUGUAGUUGAAGAAAAGUAGCUGAACAAAGAGGGAAGUACUGCGAAAUACCACUGCUUCUGAAUGCUGCAGAAUCUGCAUUAGUCUGCCUCACUGUUUGAGUUAAUUAAAAACCUGAACUGGGCAAAGCUUAUUUGGAAUAUGCUUCCCCACAAUAAUUCUCUCUGAAGAGCAUAUUUAACGUUGACUUUAUGUCCUUUCUAGUAGAAACCCAUGCUGGAAGCUAACAGUGACUAACACUUCAAAAUCAGUGAUUUCUUCUACUUAGGCUAGAAUGAUUUCCCCUUCCCCGGGAUAACUGAUGGUCAAAGGAGAACCAGCACAACUGUGCAGUGAAAACCUUUUGCACUGGCCAUGUGCACACUGGAUUGUGAUAGAGAAGAGGGAAUUGCGUGUCCCAUCUGAACUUCAAACUUCAGCCUUCCCAAUCAAUUGCAGAUAUUCAGGCUCCCACACAGACAUCAGAAAUGAGAAGAAAAAGAAUAAAAAGAACUUAAUGAAAUGUCUCAAAACUUCAACUGAAUUGUUCUUUGUGCAAAUUAAAUGUUGGUAUACUGGAGAAUUUCAUUCCUCUGUGGCCAAUACCUGUGUGUAUUACAAUUCUUUGCAUUUAACAAUCCAAACAUGGCUCAGGAUCUAUUCUUAGCAAUAUUCCUAAACUACAGCAGAGAGAUGGUGUAACAGUAGCUCCCCUCAAAACCAGGGUUGAUUGCUUAGGAGGGAGAAAGGAUGAUGCUAAUGAGUGAGUAACAAAUGGAUCACUCAUCUAGACUAGAAAAAGAAAUGAUAGCUAGGAUGUGACAGUAAUCUAAUUCAGAUACAGGAAUAAAACAAUUCCCAGCUCUAAGAAAUUGAAUUUCUGAAAGAGAAGUGUUAAUGCAUAAAUCAUGCUAGAAACAGAGUUCCUCAUUCCCAAAGUUAAU